UAGACCUCGUCUGUGAUCCAAUAUCUCGCCUAUUCUGGGAUCUCAUGUUCUAGAUCGAUAAAACAGACAGGAACAGCUGAGUCGAAACUGUUUUCGGUUUGAUAGUCGCUUGACGCGAAAGUGGUGAAAGUUUCGAAAGUUAUGCGGCACGUUGUGAAGCGACAGUAACUGUACAUACAGACGAAAAGUUACAACAUACGUAUAAUGCUCGAAAAUGCGAUGAAAGGACAUGCGCUAUCGGAUGUGGUACAAAAUGCCAUGGGCGUUAUGGGCCCAUGGCACAUUGUAAUAGCUAUAGCGCUUUCUCUGGUCAAAUUUCCAGUCGCUUGGCAUCAACUUUCAAUUAUAUUUCUCGCACCCCCAACUAAUUUUUCAUGCGCCGCGCCGAUAUCGGCUACGAACGAAUCAACGAUAAUGAAAUGCUACGUGGACGUAGGAAACGGUACUAUGGAGAAGUGUACAAAAUUUAAGUACGACAAACGCAUAUUUAAAGAAAGCAUCAUAACUCAAUGGGACUUGGUCUGCGACAGAGAACAAUUAGCAAAUUUUGCACAGUCCUGCACAAUGUUCGGAGUUCUUGUCGGCAAUUUAGUGUUCAGUAUAAUGGCUGAUCGAAUUGGUAGGAAAAAACCUUUGAUGAUCGCAAUAGGAUUACAGUCGUUAACUGGAUUUAUAAGUGCGUUUGUUCCAUGGUACGAAUUAUUUUUAAUAUUCAAAUUCAUUUCUGCUGUAGCUACAGGUGGCACUAUGCUUGUUAGCUUUGUUUUACUUAUGGAGAUCGUAGGCGUAGAAUGGCGCUCGAUCAUGUCAGUCCUUUUUCAUGUACCAUUCCUGUUAGGUCAUUUAAUGAAUCCUUUAAUUUCGUAUUUGACACGCACAUGGGAUGGUUUUCAAAUGGCAGUUUCCAUACCAUCGAUUUUUUUACUAGCGUACUAUUGGAUCAUACCCGAAUCACCGCGAUGGUUACUUGCUGUUGGCAAACUAUCCAAAGCAGAGCAAAUCUUAGUUAAGGCAGCUGGUAGAAACAAAAUACCAAUGGAGAAUGUUAAAACAGCAAUUGAAACAUACGAAAGCAAUGCGAGAAUUCGGUGUAAACAAAACAAAGAGAAAUAUAAUAUUACACAUUUGUUUAGGACACCGAAUUUAAGAAUAAAAACCAUUUGUAUAUGUAUUAAUUGGUUUGUUUGUGGUAGUUGCUUUUUUGGAUUAGCGCAAUACAUGGGCUACCUUGAUGGUAACAUUUUCGUAAAUGUUGCCGUAUCAGCCGCAAUUGAGCUGCCUGGAACUGUAAUAGUAUUAUGUUUGAUAUCACGCGUGUCUCGUUUAAGGAUUUUAAUGAGUGGCAAUAUUUUAUCAGGCUUGAGCUUGCUCUUACUAACUGUGAUAUCAAACUCAACAUUGACAGUUUUUCUAGCUACAAUAGGUCUUGCAGGGAUGGCAAUUAGUUUUCCAACAGUGUAUCUGUACAGUAGUGAGGCAUUUCCAACUGUAAUUCGAAAUGUAGGAAUUGGUCUAGGAAGUGUUUGUGCUAGAGUAGGGAGCAUGAUUGCACCUUACAUUGCAACUAUGGGAAAAAUUAAACCUUGGUUACCACCACUGAUAUUUGGAGUUGGGCCUUUAAUUGGUGCUGUAUUGUGCUUACUGUUACCAGAAACAAUGAAUUGCAAAUUACCUGAAACUAUCGAGGAUGGCGAAAAUUUUGGAAAAAAGUAGAUUGUGAAAAGUAAGAACAAAAUAAGUGGAAGAAACAUAAUGACAAAGAUUAUGCUAGAAGUAAAAAAUAUCUAAAAAUAAAGAUAUUUUUAAUGAAUGGUUUGAUAUAUUUUUGAUGAUAGAUGCCACAAAAAAAUGUUGGUAUCUUUUGUAUCCAUUGCUUAAUCAACAAUCUCUAAAGACGUAUUGU